AUGAAGUAUAUCUCGUACUAUUUCGAUGAAAAAGCCGUCAAGAACUCUGCUAAAUUUGCUCUCCUAAAGUUAAUCAAAGAGCCUUCCUACAACUUUUUCAAUGAUCCAAUUGAGAAGCAAAUACUAGGUGAAGCCUGGAAGAAAUUAAUUGCUGGAUUACCUUAUCCAGCAGACGAAGCAUCUAAGCUAGAUAGAAAUCGUCAGAAGUUAGCAUUCAAGAUAUUUAAUUUUCACAUUAUUAUUCCUGAAAAUACAAUUUUGGAUGAAGAUUAUGUUUUCAGUAACCAAUACGUAGAAGACUACGUGAAAACUACACGUUGGGCUUACCACAUGAUCUACCGUUAUAGAAAACAAAUGCAAAUUGACGAACAAUCUGUCAAUCGAUCUCUUGAGAAUUUAUUUACGCUUAGUUGUUGUACAUCAGUUCCAAUACCUAGGAUGAAGAAGCUGCAACAUGAUAAAGGUAUAACAAUUGUUCUAAGAUAUCUCCAACACACACUUCAAAUUGUACCUAAAAGUGAUGAAGGAAAGUAUAAUGAUGAAACUUUACAACAUAUGUUUAGUAAAUUCAGAAUAGACAAAAAUCUGUUACAAAACACGCCUACAAUUUCCAAUCCUUUUCUAGAACCUCCAACUGAUGCACAAGAAUAUAUUGAUCAAUACCUUUUAAAACCAUUAAAUUGCAUCUCACAAAUUCAGUUAGAUUAUAUUGAAGAAACAUGGGGGAAGAAAUUAAAAACUACAUAUAUCUCCUGUAUAGUUAAAGCUAAAGGAAUAUUUAAUGCUUUUGAAAAUAGAUAUGACAAGCUGAAUAAUACUGCUUUUCUUUACUUAGCUGAUCAAGUUAUCUACACAAACAAAAACUCAAGCAUAGGGUUUGCUGUUGACAUAGAUUGUGUACUAAUGUUUGAUAUUAAUGUCAAUGCAAGACCCAACAAAAUAGAAACAAUAGAUGAAGUAGCAUAUGAGGUACCAUGUAGUAUAAGAUGCUUUAGAUUUCAAGAAUCAAAAAUUAAUAUUUUCUGUUUGUUAAUGAUAAUAUUGGAUGAUUAUUUUAAGUGUAUGGGCCAAUCUCAAGUAUAUUGCUUAGAUAAAUUAUACAAGAAAUUAGAAGUAACUGAAUCCGACAUCUCCAGCAACAAGAAAUGGCGAGAUGAAUUCGUCGGUUUGGAAUGGGAUUCUAAACAUAGGAAUUACCAUCUAAAUGAAAAAGGAGAUUAUGUUCACAAUUUAUAUCCAUCAAUAAUUAUUCCUAAAAGAGCCUACAGGGAAGUAGAUUUUUUUGAGGCAGUGUCUUAUAUUUCCACUGAUUUGGUUGCAAAAUCUUUUGGUAUUAGAGAUUUUAACAUAUUGUAUUUUAACGAUAAACAGGAAAGAUGGGAAACUAAGACCUCAUUUCUCAAGUCGUAUCUGUAUUUCUUAACAUACCUACUUUUCGAAAUCCGUAUAUUCCGUCUAAUUGAGGAUAUACUCACAAAUAAUAUCAUAAUAUAUGGAACCAGAAUCAGUACCACAAAACCCAUUCCUCGUAUUUAUGGAUGUGCAAUAAAUAUUAAAGGAGUUUGGGCAUUGUUCUAUCUAGUUAACAAUAAAAAGAAUUCAUCCUCAAAUAUUUCAAAGCUACCAAUGGAAAACAUUCAUGACAAUAAUAGUGGUUUACUUUAUAAUGGGGUGAAGAAAGAAGCAUAUUUUGUAAAAGAGUUCUUAUUCGAUAUUAGGCCUUUUAUAAGAAACUUGGAAUACGAUUACACAAGAAGAAAAGUGAUAAAGUUAUUUGCUGAUACAAUGCGUCCAGAUUCAUUAAGUGGUGACCAGUCAUUUAAAAGGCGUAGGAUAAAUUAG